AGACACAGAAAGUGAGACUGAGUUUGAGAAUAAAUACAUGUAUUAUGAAUUUCCAGAAUUUCCUACAAAUCUCUUUAUAGAUCCCAACAGAUUGGAGUUUUCAGUAAAAAUUCAAAAUAUGUUGACUAAUAUGGAAAAAUGUAUAACCACAAUUACUCCUCUUUGCCAAGAUCCUCACCUGUCUAUCUUCAUUGAUUUGGUUUCAACAAUGGAUUUACCUAAUAAGAUAGGAAGCAUAAUACAUUAUACAGAGCAGACCAGAUGGCCAGAUUGUCACAUCCUUUUUGAAAUGGAUCCUGUCUACCAAAAUACAAUUGUGAAUCUCCUGACUAUUGUUGGUAAUUCAAUGGGCCUAGUUAAUGCUUACAGCUGCAAGUUUAUAAAGUAUUGUACCAUGGUAGAAAAGGCCAAAAUCAUGAGUAUGAAAAUAUCAUCUAUGGGUGAAUUAACUUCAAAAGAAUUUGAAGCUAUUCUAAAUAGAUUCAGAAAUUAUUUUAGACAUAUUGUGAAUAUGGCCAUUGAGAAGCGUAUUGGUAUUUUCAAGGUUGUUGUGGAAUCAUCAUUGCAGCAGCUGGAAUGUGAUCCCACUGAAAUAGAAGAAUUCGUGGAGCAUUUUAUUUUUUUGAAUACAAUUUCCUCAAAAAUAUCUAAAUUAGAAAAAGAGUACUUAACAAUUUCUCAGCUAUAUUCUGUUGUAACCCAUCACCAGAUCCAUAUUUCAGAAGAGCAAAUUGCCAUAUUCCAAGUUCUUCAUAUUAAGUUUAGUCAACUAAAAUCAUCUAUGAAGUUAAGUAUAGUAAAUAAAGACACUGCUUUAACUAAAUUCAGAGAUAACUUGGAAGCAUGUAUCAGUGGUCUACGUGUUGAUGUUAGCAAUUUAAAAGCCAAGAUAAGAACUCCUCUUUUGUUAUGUGCUGGUACUCAAGUGUCAACGGCAAUGGAAAUGAUCCAGACUCUCUCAGGGGAAGCUGCAAGUUUAACUAACAAAGCUAAAGCAUAUUCAAGCUAUCAGGAUUGUUUCAGUGAUUCUCAAUCUCAUAUGCAUUCUAUUAAUGUGGAAGAAAUUACACAGAUUGUGCUUUCAGAGAUCUCUGACAUUGAAUGUGACUUGACUUUGAGGAAAAAAUUAUGGGAAGCACAAGAGGAGUGGAGGCAAGCCUCUUCGGAAUGGAGGAAUUGUUCUCUUCAAAGUAUUGAUGUUGAAUCAGUACAGAAAAAUGUUUCAAAACUGAUGAACAUAAUCUCGGUAUUAGAAAAAGAGAUUUACUCUAUCUUCAUAAUACCAUCUAUAGAUGACAUAUCAGCUCAGUUAGAAGAGUCUCAAGUCAUACUUGCAACAAUUAAAGGAUCUCCCCACAUUGGGCCCAUUAAGAGCCAGAUCAUGUUUUAUAAUGAUUGUAUUAAAAGUUUUGUGAGUUCUUAUUCAAGAGAAGAAUUGGAAAAAGUCCACGCUGGUCUGAUAUGUCAUCUAGAAGAGGUUGCAGAGCUGGUAGUGCUGGAUACUAGUAACUCUCGAACAAAAGCUGUACUAGGGGCACUGCUUACCCUUUAUGUUCACUGCAGAGAUAUAGUGAUAAAUUUACUACUUAAAAAUAUCUUCAAUGCAGAGGAUUUUGAGUGGACAAGACAUUUGCAAUAUAAAUGGAAUGAAAAACAAAAAUUGUGCUAUGUAUCUCAAGGAAAUGCCAGCUUUACUUAUGGCUAUGAGUACUUGGGCUGUACCUCAAGAUUGGUUAUUACACCUCUCACAGACCGAUGCUGGCUAACUCUCAUGGAAGCACUACACUUGAAUCUAGGAGGCUGUCCUGCUGGUCCAGCUGGUACAGGAAAAACUGAGACUGUCAAAGAUCUGGCAAAAUGUGCUCUGUUUGCAUUUAAAUGUAACACAGCCUUAAUAAAGUUUCCAAACUCACUUAUAGUUUUAACGUACUUUGAACUAGAGAAAACAGUGCUAGUGAUGAAUACUAUAAUGUCUUUUAGAUUUGUACUGGAAGGAAAAGAAAUUCGUAUCAAUAUGUCUUGUGCAGUAUUUAUCACCAUGAAUCCCAGAUACAAAGGUGGAGUAGAGCUCCCAGAUAACUUAAAAUCUCUGUUUCGCCCAGUGGCAAUGAUGGUGCCCCAUUAUCAAAUGAUUGCUGAAAUAAUAUUGUUUUCAUUUGGUUUCAAAUCUGCAAAGUCACUCUCUGAAAAGUUAACUAACCUUUAUGAAUUAGCGUGCAAACAGCUCUCACAACAGGAUCAUUAUAAUUUUGGCUUGAGAUCUCUGAAGAUAGUUUUAAUAAUGGCUGGAACGAAGAAACGGGAGUUUAAAUGUGAUACCAGUGACAAUCUUUCUGAAGCAGAUGAAACCUUGAUUGUUAUCGAGGCUAUAAGAGAAGCUAGUUUGCCAAAAUGUCCUCCUGAAGAUGUCCCACUUUUUGAAAAUAUUAUAGGAGAUAUUUUUCCAGAAGUGACAGUUUUAAAAGUAAAUCAACUUGCCUUGGAGAAAGUAAUAUGUAUUGCAACUCAGCAAUUGGGUUUACAAAACUGGUCAUCUCAGAAAGAGAAGAUUAUACAGUUUUAUAAUCAACUUCGGGUUUGUGUUGGUGUGAUGUUAGUGGGCCCAACAGGUGGAGGAAAGACAACAGUCAGAAAAAUUUUGGAAAAAGCAUUAACACUAUUACCAAUUGCAGACUUCUUAUCAGUUGCAGAAAGAAAAUCUGCUUCAAAGAUUUCAGGAAGAAAAGGAAAAGUAGACAUUUGUGUUUUAAAUCCAAAGUGUAUCACUCUCAGUGAACUAUAUGGACAACUGGAUCCUAAUACUAUGGAAUGGACUGAUGGAUUAUUAUCAGCAACAAUUCGAAGUUAUGUAUAUUUUAACACACCAAAGAACUCAAAGAAAGACAUUGAUCUCAGACUAAAGUCAAGAAUCUCAGAUUUAUCCAAUGUUUUCAAACUUGAUGCCUCUGAUAUGACAGAUACUGAUGAUAAUAUUUUUGAGGAGAUAGAGAAAGUUGUUAAAAUUCCAGAAAAUCACAAUUUUGAUUGGCAGUGGAUUAUCUUAGAUGGCCCAGUGGACACCUUUUGGGUAGAAAAUCUGAACUCUGUGCUAGAUGAUACUAGAACAUUAUGCCUAGCAAACAGUGAGAGAAUAGCUUUAACUAAUAAAAUAAGAGUGAUUUUUGAAGUGGACAGUCUCUCUCAGGCCAGUCCUGCUACUGUCAGCCGAUGUGCCAUGGUCUAUAUGGAUCCUGUUGAUCUGGGAUGGGAGCCUUAUGUUAAGUCAUGGCUUCUGAAAACUUCUAAAAUUAUAAGUCAAUCAGGAGUGGAUUGUCUUGAAUUCAUGAUUAAAAAUAGUGUCACAGACGGACUACAAUUUAUAAAGAAUCGUCAGAAAUUCCAGCCAUAUCCUAUGGAGGACAUAACAGUCAUCAUAACCCUCUGCAGAAUUCUUGAUGCUUUCUUUGACUUCAUGGGUAAAAAUGGAGGAUUUGAACAAAGUAAUGAUUUGAGUGACACGUCAUCUAAGGAGGCAAAUUCUCGAAGAAAUUCUGUCACAUUCAAGGAUAUAGAAAAGAGGGAUGAAAAUACAUGGUAUCCAGAGAAAUAUCCUGAUAAAUUAACAAAAAUUAUUCAAAAGCUUUUUGUGUUUGCCUUUACUUGGGCAUUUGGAGGAGCUUUAAACCGUGAAGAUGAACACAGAGAAAAUAUACCAUUUUGUCCCAGUUUUGAACCUGAUUCUCUUGCAAAAGUAACAUACGAUUUUGACAAACUUAUUCAUGAAUUAUUUGGAAGCAAUUCACAAGUAGGCAUCGACCUACCAACUGGUGAAUGUUCUAUCUUUGGAUAUUUUGUGGAUAUAGAGCAAUGUGAAUUCAUACCUUGGUCAGAGUUAGUUCCUAAUGAUCAGACACUAAUUCAAAGAGAUAAUCCCACUAAAAAGCCAGAAGUUAGAACUGAUAAAAAGUUACUUAAAAAUCAUGGUCAUAAAGGAGUUGUAGUCUCUACAAUAAAUUUUAGCACCAAUAUGACAGCUGCCAAAACCAAAGAGAUGAUUCUUAAGAAGUUAAUAAGAAGAACUAAAGAUACUCUUGGAGCACCAAAAAACAACAGGAUUAUAGUAUUUAUUGAUGAUAUGAAUAUGCCAGUAUCGGAUACGUAUGGAGCACAACCACCCCUGGAAUUGAUAAGACAAUUGUUAGAUUUGGGAGGGGUUUAUGAUACUGCAAAAAAUACAUGGAAGAAUAUUCAAGAUCUGUCUAUAGUUGCAGCUUGUGUUCCAGUUGUGAAUGAUAUCAGCCCACGUCUUCUCAAACACUUUUCCAUGCUGGUAUUACCUCAUCCUUCACAAGACAUCUUAUGUACUAUUUUCCAGAUUGGAAUAGAUGGAUGUGGGAAAAAAACAUGUGCAACCUUGGCCUGUUAUCUGACAGAUAACAAACUAUACCGAGUGCCUAUAUCUCACAAAUGUGCCUACAUCGAAUUCAAAGAAGUUUUUAAAAAGGUGUUUAUUCACGCAGGAUUAAAAGGGAAACCCACUGUUCUGAUGGUUCCCAAUUUAAACAUAGAGCAAGAUUUAUUUUUAGAAGAUUUGAACUAUAUCAUCAAUUCAGGAAGAAUACCUGACCUGUUUGAAAAUGUUGAGCUGGAUUCUAUUGCGAUGAAAAUCAGAUCUCUUACUGAACAGUCUGGUCAUAUGGAUAAUAGGCAAUCUUUACUUUCACUCUUUCAAAAGAGAAUAUAUAAAAAUCUUCAUAUUUUUGUGAUCAUGAGUCCUGAAGGACCUAGCUUCCGCCAAAAUUGUAGAGUAUAUCCUUCUAUGAUUAGCUCCUGCACGAUUGAUUGGUACGAGAGGUGGCCAGAAGAAGCUCUCCUUAUUGUAGCUAACUCAUUCUUAAACGAAAAAGUCAAUUUUGAGAACAGAGAGAACUUGAAAGAAAAACUUGCCCCAACCUGUGUCCAAAUCCACAAAAGCAUGAAAGACUUGAACAGAAAAUACUUUGAAGAAACUGGAAGAUUUUAUUAUACCACUCCCAGUAGCUACUUGCAAUUUAUGGAAACAUUUGCACACAUUUUGAGGGCACGAGAGGAAGAGAUGCAAACAAAGAGGGAUCGCUUCCAUAUGGGUCUAUCCACAAUCCUGGAAGCAACCACACUAGUUACAGAAAUGCAAGAAGAGCUCUUGAUUCUUGGCCCUCAAGUAGAACAAAAAACAAAGGAAACAGAAACUCUAAUGGAAAAACUACGGAAAGAUUCACAAGUAGUUGAGAAAGUUCAGAUGCUUGUUAAACAGGAUGAAGAAAUUGUGGCAGAAGAAGUAAGAAUUGUGGAAGAUUAUGCUCAG